GUUAGAUGUUGCUGACAAAUAUUAUGAGAUGCUUGGAAUUCGAGGACAUGCAGUUGGCAAACGAAAAUACUGAUGCGCUUAUUGUGUGUCAGUUGUUUCCUGCUUAAGCACCCUACAUCGUUCGAGUAUUGAAUCGAAAUACCGACAUUCAGAUUUCUCAUGUUGUUUGUGUUUGCUGUACCACCGUUUGACAAUACAGCUACUGGAAGUUGAAAGUGUUGUUAGAGAAAUAAACUAUGAUGUAAGGAAGUGAAAUUUAUUUCUCUGCGUUGCUGGGUAGAUUCCAUAGUGUUGAGUACGUACCCAGCCGCUUACGCCACUGUGAUUUUGAAUGAAACAUCUGGGUCUACUCACCUUGAAACUAGUCACUGAGACUUUAACGUAUAAGAUAAACAUAUUCUGAUACGGAAUGAGUGAAGCUUUGAUCAGCAAGACAAUAUUGCAUGCUGGCAGCAAAUGCGUCACCUUCGAGAAAGGGACAAAGGUGGUGUUUCAUUUUCAAACCAGAAGAGCAGGAGAUGAAUCUCAGGUUUUGGAUGAUAGUAGAAGUAUGGGCAAGCCAAUGGAACUGGUUCUCGGUAAAGGGUUUAAGCUAGAAGUUUGGGAAACUGCAGUAAAAAUGAUGGCGAUACAUGAAGUUGCAAAGUUCAAAGUUGACAAAAGUCUGCUUCCUGCCUAUCCAUUUGUGUCUAAAACUCUGCGGGAAUCUCUGAAACCACAUAAGGAGAGGUCCCACCACUGCUGUGCUGUUACACUGCAAAAUGAGGGGACAGGCUAUGAAGACCUGAACCAGCUCAUCAAGGAGCCCUGUGACCUGGAGUUCAUUAUAGAGCUACUUAAAGUUGAAGGUCCAGAAGAGUACAAGAAAGAAUCUUGGCAAAUGAAUGCAGAUGAGAAACUUUCUGCUGUUCCGAAGUUACGUGAGAGAGGAAAUCAGUUAUACAAGGAGAAGAAUUUUGAUGAAGCAGCAGGCCUUUAUGCUGAGGCCCUUGGCCUGCUGGAGCAGUUAAUGCUAAAUGAAAAACCUGGUGAUGAAGAAUGGAAUGAGCUUAAUAAGAUGAAAAUACCACUGCUGUUAAAUUAUUCACAGUGCAAGUUGUACAAAAGAGAAUAUUAUCAAGUGAUUGAACACUGCAGCACAGUUCUAAAGGAUGAUCCAGGGAAUGUGAAAGCUUUAUUUAGAAGAGCAAAAGCUAAUGUUGGAGCAUGGAAGCCUUUCGAAGCAAGAGCUGAUUUUCAGAGAGUCAUAGAAUUAGAUCCAUCCUUAACUUUGACUGUGAGGAAAGAACUGAAGUUACUGGAUGAAUUGGAACGGAUAAAGAAUGAAGAAGACAGAGCAAAACUGAAAGGAAAGAUAUUUUAAUGUAUUCGUGUAUUAAUUUUUGACUCCAUUGUGACAAUUAAGCUCGUCCUACACUGUUUUUAAAAUACUACUUCUACUGUUACAAUAUACAGUACUGUCAAAACAUUACUGUGAUGGUAGGCCAUUUAACUAAUUCAUUUUGCUUGAGUUUCAAAUCUGUAUUUGUCAUGUGAAAGCUAGUGACACAAAGACAUGUGGUUUAAUUUCAAGUAAAAUGUACAGAAUGACCAUUAAAAUAAUUAUACUGCCAACAAUUUGUAGUCAGCUAGGGUUGCCUUAACUCUGUCAUUUACAAGCUUCAUUCUGAUGUUUAAAUAAACUGAAAGAAAUCCCUUCAGUAAUUUCACUGUUGCUGUUUUGUAGUUAAGAGGUAUUAAUUUAGCAUAUAUUGGUGUUCACUGUUUCAAAUUCUGAGCCAAAGUAACAGCAAAUUGGGGCUAUAUUGUUCGUUAUUGUCAUUUUCAUUAAUAAUGGGUAUUUUUAUACUCUUAGGCGAAAGAAACAUCAGAUAUUAAGUAAUUUUGGUAACAAAGGAAGCAAAUAUAGUGUUAAGCCAGGGAAUAGGGAUUUAUUUCUAAGAGCAUUUUAUACUGAGCAAAUUCUUAGGAAAACAAAAAAAUAAGUCGGUAGGCAGUCUUACAUACAGCAUGUACUAGAGACAUGACUGCCACAAGUAAAUGAAAUAAAGGACUCUACAGAGCACUGUAUUGUCUAACUUGGGCUCUUGAAAAUAUCUUCUCUUGGAAAGUAGCUUCGGUGGAAAUUUCCUGUCUUCCAACACAUGACUAGGAAUGUAUCAGUGUACCUUUCUUCUGCAGUCAUUGCCGCCAUUAUUGACAAAAAUGGAGCAGAUAUAGCUCCAUUAAUACAAGUCAAAUUCAAGAUGAAGAGUGCCUGAAAUGUAAGAAAUGAAAUAUUCAUUCCAAUGGGAAGUGUGUUCUGUGCCAUGUUGUUGCAGAACUAGAGUAAGAAAGUAGUUCAAGAAAGGCAAAAACUAGUAUUGAACUCUUGUCUUCGUCUGAUCAGCAGUACAAUGUACAAUAUCUCAGACAACUGUUACUUCAGUAAGAAAGCAGAAAAAUGUAUUGUGUGAGUCAAAUAACUUACUAUUACAUAAUUUGAAGGUGAUUUAUUAUCUAAGAUACUAGAAGAGACACAUUAACAUGUAAAUAUGAUUUGCUGGCACAGAAUGAUUUUUAAAAAAUGUAGUUUUCAAGCUCUACUCACAACCAGAAAAAAGCUGAAACAUUGUCCUUGAAGCACACCUAAGAGCAAUUGCAAUCCUGAUAACUCCACUCUAUUCAACAAAAAGUGUGAAAUGCGUGAGAAAAAUAGUGAAAAAUGGUACUCUGUGAAUGAAGUGCAAUACUGUGCACCACUAACUAUGAACUUAAAAUUCAUCCAUCUGUGAAAGAAAAUAGGCAAGUCAUCUAGAUCAAAAGUGCACUGUGUGCCACCCCAUUAACAUGAGAACUAUGUAUAUCGAUAAUUCUGCAUAUGGAAAUGAAUAUUCAUCGAUAUUGGAAGAACUGAGUACUGAAGACAUAUUUAUAAGCAAAGGGUAUCACUAUCGAAAUAAAUAAGUAAUAAUUCUACUGGGGAAGACAUAUAAAAAGUGCUGUCACCAGUCUCAGUUCUCUUCAAAAAACCUUGUCCUUCCACACAGUAGCAUGAAGGAAGUCUUAAGGCAGAGCCCAUUUGUUUGGAUUUGUGGAUCUCUAUGAGCAAUUUUGGUACCCACUGAGGCAGAAUUUUUGGUAGCAUAAUGUAUCCGUGACUCCCUCAUACAAAACUAUUCAAGAUAUUUGCAGGAAUUGGUCAGGCAAGUUCAGAGAUGGUGUCACCUGUUCCAUCAAUUUUCUAGACAAGGUCAUUACUCUCAACAGACCUACCACUCCUCUCUCCAUUAGAAUGUUUGUUCUCUCACUUUUAAAAAAAUUGGGUCCAUUGCCACACAACAUCGUCACUCAUAAAGUCCCCGUCAUAUAAAAUACACAACUCAUGAUGAAUGUAUGAUGCUGAAAAGUUUUGCACUGAAAUAAACCUUAUUACUGCUCGCUUUU